AUGCACGCUCAUACUGUCGACAAUCUUGAACUCAAUCUUAAGGUACCGUCACCAAGACAGACAUUGUUCAUAACGCAAUACACAACGUACCUACUCAUCUCAAAGAACUGGGGCAGUGGCACCGAAUACAAGAAAGUAUGUGUCUACGAAACUAGUCAGCGCAUCAUCGGCCCGGCCACCAACUGCGUGCUUGUCGGAAAACCGUUUUUUCGGAACCUGGAAUUCCUCGAUACUGCCAUGGCAUAUGCCCAAGCUGUUCCUUUGACGGCGACGAUUCUCAGAUUCGUUUGGGAACCCCUACCCGAUGAGGCGCGCCAACGGGAUCGGGAUGGUCACAAGCCCAUGGACCCCGAACCGAACGAUUCCCUCCAGUGGUCAAUAAGGCAAGCCAAACAAAUGGGUGAUCCCUACCUCUGGUCGCCGACCACUCUCACUGUCCGGGUCAUGAUUCUCGACUUUGCGGCCUUGCACACCACUUCCUUUGCCAUCACCCACGCACUCCUAGAUCUGGCCGCCCCAAAGCAAAAGUACAUCGAUGCGCUCCGGGACGAAGUCCAGUCUGUCCUCGCCGAACACGGCGGCGAGUGGAACAAACGCGCCCUAGCCCAGAUGGUCAAAGUCGACAGCGUCCUGCGCGAGUCACAGCAGCUGAACUCGCCCGUGAGCGUCGGUCUAACCCGCAACGUGACGGCGAAGGAAGAAAUCAUAACUCCUUCUGGCGUCAAGAUUCCCUAUGGAGCCACGGUGUGCGUUCCGGGCUUUACGGUGAUGCACGACGACGAGACGCUCAGGUACCGCAAGGUAGGAGGACUGAGAGUUCUCGUUAAUAUUCCAAGUUCGAUAUGCUAUGUACAAGCGUCCUUGUGUGAGCUGGGUACCUCUACCCGUUUCUUCGUUCCAGUCGCCAUCUAGAUUAUCUCGUUCAUCUCCCCAGGUACAUGUAGUUUCGUCAACUCCUCCCGGCGCGGCCAACCCAUUCCCCCUAUCAUCCGGACAAUCGGAACUCGACACCCCUUCAAUUUGGCACCAUCUACCUCCUCGUUAGCUCAACAUCAUUAGUAUCACCCAACAUCAACCAAAAAACAAAACUCACCUGCCAAGUAUCAAUAGU